AGAACUGAAGAGAAUGUAGAACAGAACCGUGUAGCUUAAAGUCAGAACCGGUUCUAAAGGUUCCUCAGAUCCAGAACCGGUUCUUUAAGCUCAGCUCAGUGUCCGAUUCCACUGGAAGAACCAGGAUCAGCAUGGAGAUCUGAACCGGGCCUGGAUCAGACCAGGACCUGGUCUACAUCAGACCGGCUGGAGAACAAUCAGCUGUAACAGAUCAAUAAUGCUGUAAACUGAAGAGAAAUGCGCAGAUAUAGAUUGAUAUUUAUUGAUCACAGUGUAGUUUAUGCUGUUUAAAGCGCAUUACUGCUUAAUGUGGACUUUGAUCUGUUGGGGAGAUAAAAAACCGGAACUGCUAUAAAGGCGUGUUUAUAUGCAGUAGCGCUGUUUAACCAGCAGGGGGAGCAACGGAGCUCAAGAUCACGUGGUGUGGGUCGGUGUCGGCAGUGUUCAGCUGUGUGUGAAUGAAGAAGAGUAAAUGAUGGAUCUUCAGAACUCCAGCAGUGGAGGAGGACCUCCUGUCCUAAAAAUAAACAACCAGGAUAUUUAAUAAAGAACAGUGUUAAACUGCUGAAAGAGGUGAAGCACAAGCCAUCCAGAAGAAUCUCCUGAAAACGCAGAAAUUCUUUGCUACAUUUCACAGACAGAUGGAGCCAAGUCCCAACAUGGAGAAACAUCAGCACUCUGUCAAGAGUUUUACUAAACAGAGUGAUCUCAAAAAACACCAGCGCAUUCACACAGGAGAGAAACCGUAUUACUGUUUCGACUGUGGGAAGAGUUUUACUGAACAGAGUACUCUCAAAAAACACCAGCGCAUUCACACAGGAGAGAAACCGUAUUACUGCUCCGAUUGUGGGAAGAGUUUUACUGAACAGAGUACUCUCAAAAAACACCAGCGCAUUCACACAGGAGAGAAACCGUAUCACUGCUCAGACUGUGGGAAGAGUUUUACUCAACAGAUUACUCUCAAACUGCACCAGCGCAUUCACACAGGAGAGAAACCGUAUCACUGCUCAGACUGUGGGAAGAGUUUUACUCAACAGAGUAAUCUCAAAAAACACCAGCGCAUUCACACAGGAGAGAAACCGUAUUACUGCUCAGACUGUGGGAAGAGUUUUAAUCAACAGGGUCAUCUCAAAAUACACCAGCGCAUUCACACAGGAGAGAAACCAUAUUACUGUUUCGUCUGUGGGAAGAGUUUUACUAAACAGAGUAGUCUCAAACUGCAUCAGCGCAUUCACACAGGAGAGAAACUGUAUUACUGCUCAGACUGUGGGAAGAGUUUUAAUCAACAGAGUGAUCUCAAAAAACACCAGCGCAUUCACACAGGAGAGAAACCGUAUCACUGCUCAGACUGUGGGAAGAGUUUUAAUCAACAGAGUGAUCUCAAAAAACACCAGCGCAUUCACACAGGAGUGAAACCGUAUUACUGUUUCGACUGUGGGAAGAGUUUUACUCAACAGAGUGAUCUCAAAAAACACCAGCGCAUUCACACAGGAGAGAAACCGUUUCACUGUUCAGACUGUGGGAAGAGUUUUACUUUACAGAGUGAACUUAUAUUACAUCAGUGCAUUCACAAAAGAUAGAAAAGUAUCCCAAAUCUGUUCCUCUGCCAUAAAAAAUGCAAACCUUAAAUCUUUCAGACAGCCAAAAACACCUCAUCAUGCACAAAAUCUUCAGUCUGUUACAAGAACUUCAUUUAAAAAUGGCUUUUUACAGGUUCAGAAAAAUGAAUCUUAUCCAGAGAUGAUGUUUACUGAAUUUCAUGCUGUGUUUUUAUGUAUGUUUGUAUACCUACAUUAGUUAAUGCCUGCAGAGCUCUUCAACACUUAGUGUUGUGUUUUAAGAAGUUUUUACACACAGAAUCAUAAAUGGUACCACUAACAGCAUAAACUAGGAACAUACAUUUUUACAAUUUUUUCAGUGAUAUGCUGAAUAAAUAGUAAAGCGAUGAUGCUAGCUCAGAGUAAAAUCGUAUAUUAAAUCUCAGCAUUAGCUUUAGAACUAAUAAUAAACAAAAGUGAGGAUUUUAUCAUUCUGGGACAUUUUUAGGUUUAAAAAUUGAAUAUGCUUUGCCAUAAGUAGGAAAUGAUCAUUUGGUCAACUUAUGUCAUUUACAGCCUUAACACAUUCUCAAUUGUUUACAUAUAAAAACUUUCUUUAUUUUUUCCUCCACUCCACGUUUGUAGUUUGUAGUUGGAGCGAGGGCACUGCCAGUGUUUGCUCCAGAUGUUAGAUUAGCAUUACUUAGUCUUUUAAAAUUUAGAUGUCGUAGUUUAAAGGAGUAGAGUAUUCUUAGGAGUAGAGAAUAUUCUUAGCUUGCAACAAAAGGCCAACAAAAUCCUUUUCAGAGUUAAAAAAAAAAAAAAAAAAAAAACGGUCUAGCUGUAGUUUCCAUACUGAAAGCAACACUCAGCAGGCUAUGCAGCAGUAAGACUGCAGGAUCCUUGAUUCCCUCUACUGCACAUGUGUCAAACACAAGGCCCGCGGGCCAAAUGUGGCCACAUCCAAGCGAGAGCUUGUAAGAUCUUAGUGUCUAUAAUAAAUAGGUCAGAAGCGUUCUUUGACCAAAAACUACUUUUCCCACAAUGCUUGUUGAUUGUAUUACCCGCGAAGUUACGGCUUACUGCCACUACACGGCAGUGUAGUCAUUGAUGUGGAAACCCUGCCGGAGGGAAGGCGUAAAUUCGCGGGUGGAAUUGAGACAUACAAACGUUUAUCCCAUAAUGUCCAGAAAAAGAGAAGCUGAUGCAGACGGACGGCUGUGCUUCAAGGCGAAAGACCGGUAUGCCUUUUAUGUUACGAAGAGUGUUACUGACCAAAAUAAACGCUUGUUAGGAGAGAUAUAAGUUCUGUGUAAAUAUUUAUAAGACAAUAGCUGACAAAAUCUGUUUUAAUGACGUUAAUAAACAUCACUGUGACAGCGCUAGUCGCAGUUUCACCACAGCAAAGGAGGAGCAUGUGAAUAACUUAUCUAACCAGCCUUUACUGAUUUCUGACCCCAAUAACCCUUUCAAUAACCUCCAAUAGCCUUUAAUAGUCUUCAGUAGCCUUCAACAGUCUAACCUUGCAGCCGUGGUGUGUUCACUAAACUCCGUAGUUAUAAACAUCCUGAGGUUAUCAGCGCGCUAACUGACCUGUUUAUAAUGUAAUCCGAGCAGUGACUCUGUGACUCUGCUCUAAACUGCUGCUAUUAGCUGCUUGGGCUGAAAGAUGAACUGUAGAGAGCUGUAUUAUUCGGUUAGUGGGGUUAAAAUCUUUAUUUUCUACACAGAAGAAUUUUAAAAACUGUAAAAACGCUCCAGACUGCCUCAGCUGAGCCCUGUAGCCCGUGGCUGGGCUGUAGCUCUGACUCAGUAAAGACUGCGGGCUUGUGCUGCUGCUGCAGCUCCGACUAGUGGUUGUAUGAGGAACUGCUAAAUCUGAGGAAAUGCUAAAUCUAUCACAAGUUCUUAACAGCUCACAAUUUUUGAUUUUAUAUUUAUUAAGCCUUAUUUCAGUAUCAAACGUUUUGAUCAAAGUUAAUAUAACUUGUAUUUAAUGUCAUUCCUAUUCACUUGAAUAGUUUGGUUCUUGAUUGAUGGAGUUUUUGGAUUUCAUAACAUUACAAAUUAAAAGGAUUUAUGUUAAUAGAGCAACAAGCAAACAUUUUUUCCAUGCAACUGUAAUAUUUGAUUGAAUAAAUAGUAUAUUGAGAGUUAUUUAACAUUAAGGAGUAAUUACAUUCAUUUUAUAUUACAUUUGGUUACAUUUUAUUACAUUUAUAAGUUACAUCUGGCCCUCAGUGGACAGCCAAUAUGCCAAUGUGGCCCUCGGCCAAAAUGAGUUUGACAUCCCUGCUCUACUGGUUUUCUCAUUGGUCUAUGGUUCAGUCAGUCUGAUUAAAAAUCUGCAAGUUAAUCUACAGGGAUAUUUGGUUGUGUUGUGUUGCUAAAGUUAUAUACUCUGUUAUCUUUUCCUUAUUUGGUAUCGUUUUGCUAAAGGGUUUUUUUAUAUCUCUAAAGGUACUAAAAAUAUCUAAUCCAUUUACUUUAUUGAUUGUUUUAUCCAGUACCAGCUAUUAUCGUUGUUUUACAUCACCUUAUGUAUUUACUCAUAUUCAUAUCUAUGUGAUUCAAUAAAAGGCUUUUAUAUUGCAA